AUAACACAAACACCGGUCUCUUGGCACAUUUCCACAAUAAUCAAUUUGCAUUCCAGUUAUUGUUUGCACACGGAAAUGGAUUUCACAGGAAAAGUAGUACUUAUCACCGGAGCCAGUUCUGGUAUUGGGGCAGCAACAGCCCAAGAAUUUGCAAAAUUAGGUGCUGAAUUGGUACUAGUCGGCCGCAAUGUUGAAAAGUUGAAAGAAACUGCUGAAAAAUGCGUAAACUCCAGCAAUCAUCUACAACUACAAGCCGAUAUGUGCAAUGAAAAAGAUGUGGAAAAUAUUAUUAAGGAAACUCUUGGGAAAUUUAAGAAAUUAGAUGUCCUAGUAAAUGCAGCUGGCAUUAUAGAAAAUGGUACCAUCGAAAAUACCUCCUUGGAACAAUUUGAUCGAGUUAUGAAUACAAAUAUACGUUCCCUAUACCAAUUGACUAUGUUAGCAGUGCCGGAAUUGAAGAAAACCAAAGGAAAUAUUGUUAAUAUUUCAAGCGUAUGUGGUUUGAGAUCAUUUCCCAAUGUUUUGGCUUAUAACAUUUCAAAAUCGUCAGUAGAUCAAUUUACUAGGUGUGUUGCUUUGGAAUUGGCAUUAUCUGGAGUGCGCUGUAAUUCGGUGAAUCCUGGUGUUAUUAUAACUGAACUUCAUAAACGAGGUGGUAUGGAUGAAGAGGCUUAUGCGAAAUUCUUAGAAACUUGUAAAGCUACACAUGCCUUGGGUCGUGCCGGUCAGGUUGAUGAGGUAUCGGGUGUGAUAUGCUUUUUGGCUAGUGAUAUGGCGAGCUUUAUUACUGGUGUAAAUAUGCCUGUGGAUGGUGGUCGCCAUGCUAUGUGUCCAAGAUAAAUUUGUUAAUUGUACUUUUAUGUGUAUAUAUAUGUGUAAGUGUUUAUUGUUAAUAAACAUUUAAAUCAUUUCGAA